GCACGCACCUCCAUUCCCCGCUGCUCGUCCCGGAGGCGCGGCAGUUGUGAAUGACUUCAGCCGAAUGGAAAACUGAAUGUUACGUAUAGGACGAAAGAAGAACUCACGGAAUAGAAAACGUUUCCCCACAGCUGAGAAGAAAGGAAACGAUUAGAGAACCAUGGAAUAAUCAACUUAUAUUUUGAAAGGACGUAAAUAAAGUGCCGUGUAAAACGUCAUAAUUUGAGGGAGUGUAUCGGAGUGUGUGCGCUGUAUGGUGAGCCCGACAACAUGGCGCUGAAAGGCAAAACCAGACUGAAUUAGUUUUUGAGACCAUCGACACCUGUGCUUGACCAAGUUACGAGUUUUCAGUCGUAGCCUUUUCGUGGACAUAUUCUUUGAAAAAGAAAUCAACGACAGAGACUCAUAUGGCUGUUUGGGAAUAUUGUAGCUAGCUUAGUCUAGACUACACAAAGGCUAUCCUGUGGUUCUGCCCAUUGGAUACAGCCUUUACGACUUCAACAUGGCUUUGAGUCCUAAGUUCAACGAGGACUAAAUAUUUACCGCGGUUUGGUGAGGAAACGGCGGACGUACUUUCCCUUGUUCACAAACGCCCAAGGUUUGACUAUUUCUCUGACAAAAAGUUGGAACAGGACUCUUCACAUUCUAGGGAAGGUUAUACGAAUUUGGGAAUCUUUGGCGGAUUGCUCUAAGGUAUGGCAGUGUAAGGAAUGGUGAGAGACAUUUUGAACUAACCGUCUGGGAACCAGAAGCACUCAAAGCAUGGUGGAUGCGAGCACUGCCUGCAGAAUGAACCCGCUAGCUGCCUUAGGCAUGGACCGCGCUAGCCUGAUGAGGGAGAGCAUUCGUGUCCAAGGUGGAAUGGUUUACCCCGGAAUCCGCACCCUCUCCACCGAGAAAGCCAGAGAAGGUGCAUCCAUGCCUCUCGGCUAUGACCUUCUCUACAAACCUGAUGUGUCCUUAGACAGUAGAAAGACUGGUAAUGGCUACAUGGGACUGUAUAAAAACCCUCCUCCUGGACUGCAGAAGCCUAUGGUUGUUCCCGGCCCUGGAGGAGAGAGUAUGGGGCUGGACCCGAGAGUCGGUCAGGUGGAAAAGCCUAUUGAGCUGGGUCUGGCUGGGUCCAAUGGCUUUCUGAGACUGCCCUGGGUGAGCCCGUACCCUGACGCCGGAAUGUACCCUUUCCUGGACUCGAGCAAAUAUGCCGCUCUGAACAUGUACAAGGCAUCCUUUUUGUCCCAGCCCUCACAUUAUCUCCCCCAGCACCUGGCCUACCAGUCUCUCUGCUCAGGGGCAGGAGGCAGUGCUGCAGGGGCUGAAAGGCUCCUCUACCUGCCCUCCUACCCUCCUACCUCCCACUCGCCACUGGUGCACCACCAGGACAAGAGCAUGCAAGGCCUGGGGCCCAGGAUCCACCACGAGUCCUCUGCCUUUGGGCAGCAGCUGCAACAAGUCCAAGCCCAACAACAUCACCAAGCCCAAGUUCAAGCCCAAGUUCAGGCCCAAGUUCAGGCCCAAGUUCAGGCCCAAGUUCAGGCCCAAGUUCAGCAGCAGCAGCAACAUGCCCAGGCCCAAGCCCAAGCUCAGGCCCACAGCGAAAGGCAACACAGUAGCAGUAGUAGUAACAAUAGUAAACUUAACAGGACAUCCUCUAGUAAGGGCUCUGGCAGCAGCUACAGUCACAGUAGUAACAGUAGCAGUAUUGUCAGCAGUGGUAAUGGUGGUAAUGAUACUAGUACUAGUAGUAGUGGAACUAACAGCAGUAGCCACCCAGUAGAUUCCAGCCCAGCACUUCUGACCCAGUCAUCACGCAGCAUCCCCAGGCCCCUCCAGCCCUCUGGGUCCGCGCCCCCCCCUCCUCUCAUAGACAGCACUUUGGACUUUCAGAAGUCUCUGUUCAGAAGUCCGACUUCCUCCUCGUCCUCAGCUCCCCAUCCGUGUUACGCCGGCGGCACGGCCGGCGAGCACCGUUCCCCGGCGCGCUCUGGCGGACACGCCCACAAAGCCAAAGAAGGCAGUUUGGACAACAAGAACGGAGAGAGGAAGCCAAGCAAGUCCCCGUUAAAGACCUCGUCCGAGAGACCGACCUCCCAACAGGCUCCUGCCAAAGAGCCAGCAGACAAGCCUCUGGAUCUGUCUGCGGCCAAAAUCCUGGAAUUGGAAGCGGGGCACCCUAACGGGUACACCUCCAAACUCGAGGCCUUGGCUAAGCUGGGCUAUCUACCUGCAGCCCGAUACGGCUUAGCGCCCAACCGAGAGCUUGUCAAAGAGACCCUCUCCCCGUCCUUGGCCAUGGCAGGGGCGACCUCCAAAACAUCAGAGCGCCCCGAGAUAAUCAGCACGGCUCACUCCUCCUGGCUGGUCCCCAGUCCAGCCUCUGGUCCUAACGCCGACCCAAACCACAACAAAUCCUCGUCCACGAUAAAGAACAAGAACCUGGAGAGUGUUUCGCAGCAGCAGCAGAGAAGCUCCUCUUGUCCCAGGAUAGGGGAAGGAAACGGAGCCGUAGCCCCCGGCCAAGCCGUCGCCGUGGUUGCGCCUGGUGGUCGACCUUCCUCUGUGUCUCCCUCUCCCAAAUCCAAUGGGGAUUGGCCUCGCGUGUCCCCCAGCCAACCAGACAAAGCCGCCCUCUCCACCUCGCUUGCCAGCCACUCUGGGAGACACCCCAAGACUCCCGUCAAACCUGAGCCACAAGAGAUGGCCUUUAAGCCCCAGCAGCCGCACCAGCCCCACCUGGAGAACAGCCGUCCCUCGAGCCACAUGUACAGCGAAUCCUACCUGCCGCCCAGUAUAGCAUACGCUAACCGCUUAGCCUACGCUAACCUCCCCUACUCGGUCCCAGAGGGCAUGUCGCUGCCACACAUGACGAUGCAAGGCAAAGGACCUGUAUAUCCCCACCCAGUUCUCAUGGGCAACAGCAGCCUCUACCCUCCUCGUCUGACCCCCAAACAUGGCCUGCCGUAUGGGAUCCCCCCCAACCACGGAGACUACCUGACCUAUCACGACUCCAAGGAGAUGGUCCACCCGCUCAUGGUUUCUCACCUGGGCAUGGACGCGAAGGAGCGACUGGACCUGAGAUCCAGGCCCCAGGAGAAGCCUUGGAGCCACGACGGUUCACCUUACAGAAACCAAAUGGCCUCAGAUACCGAAUCUCCACGCAAGAAUGAGAAAGAGAUUAACUUGGCCACAGGCCAAGAUUCAAAGCUGCCGAGCAAGCCUUUCACCGGGGGGAAGGAAGAAAUAGUCUGCAUUGACCUGCUCCAAUCUGAUAUGGACAGCGACUCGUCCAUGAGCAAGCACAGCUCGCCCAGUGUGAGGAGAAGGUAUCCAGGAAAGCAACUUGGAUGCGAGAGCAGCUAUUCAGCCAGUGACAGGAGAGAGCCAGAGCCGCUUCGGACGAGCCAGGUGGCCGAGCACAGACUGGGGGAUCCAGAAAAGCAGCUUGAGCAGCGCUGCCUGCCCAGGCCUCUAGACCCCCACAAGGGCUUCCCCUCACACCCAAACCCCUCCCGCCCAGAGGCCCCCAUGUCCCCUUAUCAUUGUGAGGACAGCCCAAGCCCCGCGGAGGGCAGCCCCCUGCCAGACCUACCGGAGGAACAAACCCUGCGCUGUGCUCGCACCUCAGGGGAACGCCCCAUUAAAGACCGCGGGCCCUGGAACCGUUCUUCCGGAGAACGUGCCUACGGGGAUCCGACCGACGAGAGCAGAAUCGCGAGGGUCCAGCCCUGCGAGAACCGUGCUCUUGAGGAUCGCGCAUCCGGGAACAGGAACGUCGGAGGGCGCGCCUUUGAAAACCGGGUUCUCGGGGACCGUUCUUGUGAGAACCAUGAGGAUCGUACGUGUGGAGUUAAUUCGUCCGGGGACGGUAAUUCCGGGGACCAACCGUUUAGGGACCCGGAGAAUCGUUCUCACAGGGACUAUUCUUUUGAGCACCGUCCGUCUGAUUACAACAGAAACGGGGACUGCACUGGUCAGAACCAAACCUUAGCCAAGCCAGGUUUAAAGGCAGAAUUGAUCAGCGAGGAUCAGUUGAACCACUACGAGGACCUGAAAUACUCACAAUGCCAGGAUGACACAGACUCAAUGGCAGAUGAGGAUGAGGGCCACGGUUCCUCAAAGAGCCGGCGGUCGAGCCUGGCCAAACGCAUCGCCAACUCCUCGGGAUAUGUGGGCGACCGCUUCAAGUGUGUCACGACGGAGCUGUAUGCCGACUCCAGUAAACUGAGCCGGGAGCAAAGAGCACUUCAGAUGGAAGGAUUAAGACGAGAGGACAGUAAUUUAAGUCAACCAGCCGCUUACUGUGAGCGUGCAAUGCAGCGCUUCUCUGAGCUGGAGCUGAAGGAGAAAGAAGGAGGAGGAGGAGGAGGGGCGCCGGCGGUGGAUCUGGACUUGGCAGACAGCCAGCGGGGGGAGAGGGAGGGGGAGAGGGAGAGGGAGGGAGAGAGGGAGGGGGAGAGGGAGGGAGACGAAGACUGGGAGCGCAGACAGAGCAGAGCCAGGCAAGAGGUUGCGGCUGCCAACAAGACCCACAGAGACGGUGGUGUGUUGCCAACAUGCCCCCACAACAGAGUACCUGUUCUCCAGCGAUGCCCACUCUCCGGCUCGCUCCUGCUCCAGGAGAGAGGGCACGCUCUCCCCGUGGAAGAGGGAAAGAGGGGGGUGGAGAACGAGGAGAGGACCAGAAGAAUGGAGAAAGACGAGGAGGUGUGGGCGAGGAGAAAAGAGGAGGAGGAGGAAGUGUCGGCGAGGAGGAGAGGGGAGGAGAAGGCGAGGGAGGAGGAAGCGAUGGAGGAUGCUGGGAAAUGGGAGGAGCGGGGGAUGGCGAGAGAGGAGAGGAGGGAAGAGAGAGACUAUGUCCCCCAGUGGGAACAGCACUCUCGUCUGCCCACUCUGGAUGCUGUGGCCCACAGGGCCGCCAGUCCCGGAUCUAUGGCAGCCUCCAUACCCACCCCAUCCUCCAUAUACACCCCAGCCUCCAUACCCACCCAGGUGCCCACCAAGAAACGCACAUACGCCCUGGAACUCUGCCAGCAUUCUAGCCGGGGCCAGGCGAAGGAGGCCGGGGAUAAAGAGGGAGACGAAAUGACAGUCCCAGCCAAACGAGUCAAGCUAGCAACUGACCCCUCAGAGCCCUCUGUCCCGGAGGAGGUGAAGAACCUGAAGGUCUGCAUCGAGCUGACUGGCCUCAGACUCAGCAAGCCCCGCCUCUCCUCCGAGUUGAUAGGCCAACGGCUUGACAAGCCCCGCCUCUCCUCUGAGCUGAUAGGCCAACGGCUCGACAAGCCCCGCCUCUCCCCUGAGAUGACUGGCCUUCGACUCGACAAGCCCCGCCUCUCCACCGAGCUCAGCCAAUGGCCGCCUUUUAACCCCAGGCCUUUGGAGAUGAGUUUAGCGCCCGUGGUUGGACAGCCCAACCCUGGCUUGGAGGUUUGUGGGCUGGACAGGAAGUACAAGCCAGGUUCCCAAGAAGACAGGAUGCUGAAGAGAAGGUCGGAGGUGAACCGGAGCUGGUGCGAGGAGAAGUUCUCUAGCAGGGAGGAGGAGAGAGGUAGGUUGGGACAACCUGUAGUUUGGUCUCUAGUAGGAAUUUGCUAUGCGUUUACAGUGGCUUGUCAUUCCAGUCGAAAUGAUGGCAAUGUCAAAAUAGGGUAUUUCAGUGUGUCGUUUUAUACGAUUGCAUUAACACAGACCGGGUGUUAAUUUUCAAACAGGAAAACAGGCACUUUAGGCUUCCUGUUAACCAGCAAAGAAAACAACAUAUCAAAAUCGCCACAAAAAAAAACUACUGACACACAAUUUUCUGACAUGAUCCCAUGGGAGGAGUGGUCCUUCAGAUGAGUCAUGUUCAUCAAGCCGUGUGUGUGGUGAACGGACAUUAAAACACAGUCGACCUUUGGUGACACGUUGCCUUUGAAGUGUCCCGUAAAAGCAAGCGCCACUCACACGCUGCAGGCGUCACGCCUUAACCACCAACAUGUGUGCCCGUUUGGCACAUCCAUGUUCCACGUCUGCGCUAGCUGGGUAAAACGUCGGAAGAUUGAAGACGUUUCUAGAAGGAACCAGGGCUUUUCGUUACAGCUUUUAUUUAACCACGAAAGACCUCUGAGAUUAGAAAUCGCAUUUAAAGGAGUUUCCUGGCCAAGAUGGGCAGCAGGAUACGUCAGAAUGAAAUACACAGCCUAGUAUGAAUAAACAGAAUACCAGCAAAAAAAAAACUUGUAAAUGGAGGAACGUCGGUGGCCAUUUUGACAGUCGUAAUGUGAGAGCCCCAUCACGUCUCCCUCCUUCCCCCCCCC